GCCUGACCCCAGGACCCUCCGCGCUCCUCUCCCCGCCGUCACGCGCUCGCGGGCCACUCGGGUCCCGUUCUGGGCUCAGUGUGCGCCCUCAAAAUUCAUGCAUUGCAGCCCUAACCCCGCGACGUCAGAGCAGGACUGUCUUUGGAGGCAGAGCCUUUAAGUAGGUCACCGUGCGAGAAUGGGGUCACUGGGCUGGCCCUGGUCCAGAGCCUGGGUCCUCCCGAGAAGAGCAGGCUGGGACGCAGACGUGCACAGAGGGACGGCCACGCAAGGACACGGAGGGGGCGGACGUCUGCAGGCCAAGGGGGGCCUCGGGAGACCCCAAGCUGGCCGGCGCCUUCAUCCCCGAUCCCAGCCUCCAGGACGUGGGAAAUAUGGGUCUGUGGUUUAAGCCGCCCGUCUGGGUCCUGGGCGGGGGCGACAAACUCCUCCAGGGCCUGGGACAGGCCCCUAGCCCAGGGCCUCGCGUUCCGAUCUCCGACUUUCGUUGCCAGCUGAAUUCCUUUCUGUUUAAAGAUCCAUUGUAAACUUAGAGAACACGGGUCGCCUUCCAAGCCUGCUUGGCGGGGCCUCAUUUAUCGGCAGGCCAGAGCCUCUCAAACAGGGCGCUGGGCCUCCCUCUGCCUGCGGGCCGCGUCCCCGCUUCUCCUAAGGUCCGAGGGAGCCCUGUCCUCACGGGGCCUGCCCAGGCCCGCACACGAGGCGCCUCUGGUGCUGUCGCUGUGCCAGGAGGUCUGCCCACGGCGGGUGCCCCGUGUGUCUCGUAUGUUCUGAUUGGAAAGGGACUCAGCCUCGGUGGCAGGGGGCCGGUGCUGGGGGCCUCGUGGUCAACGACAGCUCCGCCCACGGGAGCCUGUGUCCGCAGUGUAACUAUGUAUUUAUAGCUGGACACUCAGGAUAAGUUCACGCUGACGUCUCAUGAUCAGGAACCGUGUGUGCUUUGGGCGGCCUGACAGUCUGCGAAGCCCAGGGCCCCAGAUCCAGAGACAACCCCCAGUUUCGUCUUCAUCGUGGGUGGCUGGAGCUGGCAAGGCUCAGGGUUGGCGUUGGGCGGGAGCGUGCAGCAGAGCCCUCAGCGUUACAGCAGGACGCUGGCGACGCUCUGGACGCUGUCCCCUGGAGGCUGGCUUACAGACGAGCUACCUGCCCAGAGAUGCCCGUGAGAAGCUGCCGGGAGCAGCGAGGUCCCCUCGGGUCUGUCCGUGUGGGCAAGGCGGUGGUUCAGGGAUGCAGACCCUGUCACGUGCCUCCUGCUCAAGGUCACUUAUGGUUCCUAGGGUCACGCGAGGGGAGUCUGGGAUCUGCCCGGUGUCCGUCCGUGCUCUGUGUUCUGCUGACCACACCCCGGACCCCGGACUCAGCCUCACUCCCCUGACCCCAUCCUGGCCUGUGCACUUGCUGUCCUGGUGGCCGGCCCGCGCCCCAGCUCCUUUCCUGCAUGGCAGCCUCAGUGGCCCCAAGUCUGUGUGAGGGGCUUCCCUGGGUCCCAGCGUCCCCUGGGCUUCGGCGCCAGCAGUGACCACAACGAGGGCAGUGGUCUGUCUCCGUGUUUCAUGUCUGAGCCCAGCCUUGAGCUCCUGGGGCAGGGACCCCAUCUGUGCCCUGUGGGCCUGGCAGUGGGCUCCGUGUUUGGUACAGAGGGAGCGUUUCCUAGAUACCUGAGCACGGAGAUGAGGAGAAAGGACGGAGAAGCUUCCUGAAGGGCGUCUGAGCCCACCUGGGCCUGGGCGCUGCGGGGGACCCUCUGUCUGCACGGAGCCCACAGCGCGAGGGCGGCGAGGGGGCGGCACAGGCCUGAGCCUACCCUCCUGGGCCUCGGCCUCCCUGCUGGAGGAGCUGGGCUGCCUCUGUCCGGGAAUCAGCGGAGGCAGCUCUCGGCAAGACCUUGUGACCCUGAAGCUCUGAGCAGAGGAGAGGACUCCUGCUGUGAAAACGGGAUGCGGGGGGUCGGGUUGGGGUGGAGGCUUUCCUCCUGCUGCCCGCGGGAAGUCCCUGGCGGCUGGCAGGAGAGGGGGUGCAGCCAGGGUCAGGGUUCCGGGUCCACACUGGCCUCUCCAGUGUCUGGACUGUGUCCCGCCCAGCGUGAAGCUCAGGGACCGGGCUCGGCGCCCCCCUCUGCUGGCUGCUUCCCACCGCCUCUGGUCACAGAGGCGGAAAGGACACACCCCUGGCCGGUGGCGGUGGCAGGAGGGCCACCCCCCUGGAGUGCGGCUUUCAGUCGCAGAGCCGUCUCAGGCCAGGGCGGGAGCCACCUCCACGGGAGGGAACUGGUGGCCCCUGGGAGGGACCAUCCAGGAAGUGGAAGCCUGGUUUUCGCUCCACAAGAGCAGGGCUUCCCCAGCACACUAGGUCUCAUCUUCGUCUUUAUUGGAAAUAGACGCCCGGCAGACAGGGCUGCUGUGGGGAGCAGGCCUCUCCCGCCAGCUCUGUUGUCCCUGGCCUGGCCAUUGUCCUUCCCCCCAAAGCAGCCUGACCCCUGGGGCCGGGUCUCUGAUGCUCCCUUGGGGGUCUGGCACAGACACACCUUGGUGAGGCUGGGUGGGCCCGGGCACGGAGGCAGCCGCGUCGGCCUGGAUGCCAUACUCAGGGGCUGCUGCCUCUGCUUCCUGUCCGGAGGCUCUUCCUGAUUUUAGUUUGAGUUUGUUUUAUCAGCGAAUUCUAGUGGGAAACAGAGCCUUCACUGGGGAUGUUGGGGCUCUGCAGGUUGCCUUCUCGGCUCCCAUUCCUGGCCCUGGGCACCCCCUCCAUCAAGAGGUCUGAGCGUGGGCUCAAGCAGAACUGGGGACCGCCGAACUGUCGCUGGGCAUUUUGGAGUGGGGCAGGGCAGGCCCAAACCCCUCCUUGGGCUGAAACCCAGUGGGGACCCCUCAUCUGCCCCCAAGCUCAAUACGGAGCAGGUCCCAGCGGGAAGGUGGGUUUGGGUAGUGGGCCCGCGGGAAGGGGAGAUUGGUUUUCAAUCCAAAUGCCCCCACUGGGGGUGCCUCGAGAUGAGGGAACGGAGGCUCCAAGGGGACAGGGCGGCAGGCAACGUGCCCUGAUGUGUCUAGCACCCAGGCCCCCCGGCCACCAUCUGCCAGGGGUGUGAGGUCACGGGACUCCCUUGCGGACGGAGCGCGGUGGACGCAGCCCUGCCCUCCCGACUCUGCCACCAGCAAGGCUUUACUGCCGACCAGGGGCUCGAGUCCUCUCGCCGCGUCUCUGCUCUGAUUCAGUCCACAGAGGGGUCCUCCGGUCCCUGGUUCGAAAGGCUGGGGUGAAGAAGAUCCAGCCGGGGCAGCAGAGGGUCCCCGCCUGCUGUCUCAGGACAGGAACCCACCCCCACGCCUGCAUCCCGGCUCAGGAAGAGCGCCCUUCAUCUGGGCAGGUGGCCUCCAUCUGUGGCUGUGACCCCUCCGGGAGCUGAGGGGCAGCCCCCGGCCCGGCUCACAGGCGCAGCUGCGAGGGAGCUAGGUCAGCCUGGGCCAUGCCGAAUCUGCCAGGGUCAGGUGCAUGGGCCCUCAGACCAGGUCCAGCAGGACAAGCGAGGCAGGGAGCUCCAAGCAGAGGCGGCCCCUGAGCUGGGCCUACGAGGGUCUCCGGGGGAUGGGCGGGCACUACAGGCAGAGGACUCGCUGAGCAAAGCGGUGGAGGGCGGGGAGGCAGGGCGGCUGACGGCAGUUGAGGCUGGUGGCCGCAGGCCGGGAACUGUGGCUUUUGAGCCGGUGGUAGUAGGGAGCCAUGGCAGGUGUUUGAGCAGCAUGAGGUCAGCCGCGCUCAGGGGUCCAUGCUGGCCGCACACGAUGAGGGUGAACGGGAGGAGCCCAGGUGAGAGGCAGUCAGAAGGCCCAGGAGUAACUGCCAAAAGCUUGGAGGGUGGAAGCCCCCAGGAGAGGAAGACUCAGUCAGCCGAGGCUGCUGGGGGAGGAAGCACGGGCCGAGUGCCGUGGGAUGGCAUCACAGUCCCUGUGCUUGGCAGCCGCGCAGGGCAGCGUCCGUUGUGGGAGGAAGGAGGCCCUCAAGACCCUGGGUCGGCGCCGGUUCCCACACCUCUGCCCUUUGCGCCCCCUGCCCCGCGGCCCCGGAACAGCCCCCUGGGCCAGCAGGGGCAGUGCCAGCCUGCCUUGCGCGUCUGCCACGCACCCAUAUGGCUUCCCUCUCCAUCCGUCCUCCCCCGCCCUGUCCUUAUCUUUCCCUUCCGUCUCCAUGGCGACUCACCACCUCGGCUUGCCUGCAUCCCAGCCUCUGCCAGGGAUUCUGAGCCUGGCGGUGUCCCCUCCCUCCUCGGAGCCCCGGUUCCCGCAGUCCUGUCUCCGCCCCUGGGGUGAGUCCAGAGGCAGCCUUGUCCUUCCCGGCUGUCACUGUCACAUCCAUCUUCCAGCUCUGCCGAGCCGGCUCCUCCGGGGAGGACCACCCCCCCAGCCUCCACCUGCCACAGCUCGGCCAGCCCUGCCAGGAGAAAAGCCCCCCUCCCGGCCCCCCAGGGCCUCUCGGCCUCCUCUGUCUGCUCCCAGACCCUCUCCCGCAGCCAGCCUCCCAUGCCGAGGUCCGCCUUGUCUGUCAUUUCCUUUUGUCACCGGCUUGGCAAACAGGAGAGAAAACGUAGCUUCAUGGGCAAUAGCAGCAACAGUUGGUCCCACAGGCCAUUCCCCAAGUUGGAGCUGGGGCUGGGGUCCCGGCCCGCGGCACCCCGGGAGCUGCCCGCCUGCUCCAUCUGCCUGGAGAGGCUGCGCGAGCCCGUGUCGCUGGACUGUGGCCACGACUUCUGCCCGCGGUGCUUCAGCACCCACCGUGUGCCCGGCGGGCCACCCUGCUGCCCCGAGUGCAAGAAGACGUGCAAGCAGAGGAAGGGCCUCCGGGGCCUGGGGGAGAGGAUGAGGCUCCUGCCGCGGACGCCGCUGCCCGCUGCGCUGCAGGAGACCUGUGCUGUGAGGGCUGAGCCGCUGCUGCUGGUGCGAAUCAACGCCUCUGGGGGCCUCAUCCUGAGGAUGGGGGCCAUCAACCGCUGCCUGAAGCACCCCCUGGCCAGGGACACCCCGGUCUGCCUGCUGGCCGUCCUGGGGGAGCAGCACUCAGGAAAGAACUUUGUCCUCAACCACCUGCUCCGGGGCCUGCCUGGCCUGGAGUCCGGCGAGGGCGGCUGGCCGAGGGGAGGGGGCUCCCUGCAGGGCUUCAGAUGGGGGGCCACCAGCCUCUCCAGGGGCAUCUGGAUGUGGAGCCAGCCCUUCCUGCUGGGGAAGGAGGGGAAGAAGGUGGCCGUGUUCCUGGUGGACACGGGGGAUGCCAUGAGCCCCGAACUGAGCAGGGAAACGCGGACCAGGCUGUGCGCGCUCACCUCCAUGCUGAGCUCCUACCAGAUCCUCACCGCCUCCCAGGAGCUGAAGGACACGGACCUGGAGUAUCUGGAGAUGUUUGUCCGUGUGGCCGAGGUGAUGGGCCGACAUUAUGGGAUGGUGCCCAUCCAGCACCUGGACCUCUUAGUGCGCGACUCCUCCCACCCCGGCAAGGCAGGGCAGGGACACGCGGGUGACAUCAUGCAGAAAUCCUCCGGCAAAUACCCCAAAGUUCAGGAGCUGCUCCGAGGGCGGCGCGCCCGCUGUUACCUCCUUCCUGCUCCCGGGAGGCGGUGGGUGAGCAAAGGCCACGGAAGCCCCAGCGACACGGAGGACGACACAGGCCAUCUCCGCGCCUACGUGGCCGAUGUGCUGAGUGCGGCGCCCCAGCACGCCAAGAGCCGCUGCCAGGGCUACUGGAGCGAGGGGCGCCCCGUGGCCCGGGGGGACAGACGCCUGCUCACGGGGCAGCAGCUGGCUCAGGAAAUCAAGAACCUCUCGGGCUGGAUGGGCAGGACGGGGCCCGGGUGCGCCUCUCCGGACGAGAUGGCUGCUCAGCUGCACGACCUGCGGACCGUGGAAGCUGCUAAGAAGGAGUUUGAGGAGUACGUGCGGCAGCAGGACGUGGCCACCAAACGCAUAUUCUCUGCGCUGCGGGUGCUGCCAGACACCAUGCGGAACCUCCUGUCAGCCCAGAAGGACGCGCUCCUGGCCCGGCACGGGGCGGCCUUGCUGUGCGCGGGCCGGGAGCAGACCUUAGAGGCGCUGGAGGCCGAGCUGCAGGCCGAGGCCAAGGCCUUCAUGGACUCCUACACCGUGCGCUUCUGUGGCCACCUGGCCGCCGUGGGCGGCGCCGUGGGUGCGGGGCUCAUGGGCCUGGCCGGCGGCGUGGUGGGUGCGGGGAUGGCCGCAGCGGCGCUGGCUGCAGAGGCGGGGAUGGUGGCCGCUGGAGCUGCGGUGGGGGCCACGGGGGCGGCCGUGGUCGGGGGAGGCGUGGGUGCUGGGCUGGCAGCCACGGUGGGCUGCAUGGAGAAGGAGGAGGACGAGCGGGUGCAGGAGGGGGACCGGGAGCCCCUGCUCCAGGAGGAGUGACCGCCCGGGAGCUCCAGGGAGGGGAGGGGGGAUGUGGCGGAGGGCCCCCCCCCGAAUGCCCCUCCUCCCUGGCUGAACGCCCUGUCCAGACAGACAGACAGGCGGCCCUGCGAACCUGUGGAGGCCUCGGGCCGGAGGCAGCGUUCGGGCUGGGACAGCGUCUGGAGGCUCUUUCUGUUGCAGACAACUGCUAACCUGCCACGGUUCCCAGAUGAUCUGGGCCCUGUUGUCUCCCACCAGGAGCGUGGCCCCCUCCCCACCCUGGCUUUCUUCUGGGGUCGUAGGGGGCUGAGCGGGCGCCAUCCCGCAAGUGUCCCCUCUCACAGAUGGCAGCAGCCCCAGGAUGGGUGAGCUCAGGGUUCAAGGCCAGGGGGCGCUGAGGAGGGGCUGGGGCCAAACCAAAGAGUCCGGCUGAGGUGGACAGGGGCCGAACCCCUAGAUCAGACUCUUUCCAAAGCGACUGCAGCGGGUCGGAGGGCCCCUCCUCCCCAGCCCCAGGGCGCCCGCACGUGCGCCCUGAAUGGGAACCCUGUAUGUGGGCCUCGUGGCUGUGCCCUCUGCCCAGCCUGGUCGGCGCCCGUGUUCUUGGUGGACGGCCGUCCCUGCAACAGGUCACAUCCCAAAGACAAACGCCUGCUGUGGCACUCUGAGCUGCGCUGACAGCCCCGUAACAGGUCCUGUGGAGGUCCCGCAGGGCACAGAGGAGGGGACACGGGCGCGGAAGACACCCCCUGAACCCUCUGUCCGCGUUGGCAGGAGACCUGGGUGCACCCCCCCAGCCAACCUGAGCAGGACAGGGAAGUCCCACGGGGAGGACUUCUAGGCUAUUAAGCGGCAAAGGGCGUAUUAAAUGAAAAAUAAAAUGUGUGUGUGAAUGUCA